AUGACAGAUUGCUGUCAGCGGCACCAAAAAGUUCCAGAGACGCGCACUUGGACUUCUUUUCUUGUUGAAAUCACCACAGACUCGGCGAUCAUGGCAGGACACACGCCAUCACCUCACAAGCCAAGGCGAAAGGCCAAAGGAGCUGGCGGGCCCAGCAACCUCGGCCACUCGAUCUCUGUCGAAUCCUCAGGACGCGCCCCAUCGUUCCCCCUCGCAGCUUUCUUCUGGCCCGCCAGGGGCUCUGCGUCGCAAUGGGAGAUACUCCCCAUAAUCUUGAUGGUCGUUGGUCUUUUUAGGUGGGCGGCUAGUCUUUGGGGGUAUUCUGGCUUCCAGAAACCACCCAUGUUCGGCGACUACGAGGCACAGAGGCACUGGAUGGAAAUUACAACACACCUACCCAUCACGCAAUGGUACUUUCACGAUUUGCAAUGGUGGGGUCUCGAUUACCCACCAUUGACGGCCUACCACAGCUGGCUCUGCGGCAAGAUCGGUUCGCUCAUUGAUCCUUCGUGGUUCGCCCUCUACAAGUCCCGCGGUGUACAUGAUCCGAACCUGAAGAUAUUCAUGAGGGGGACUGUGAUGGUGUCUGAAUACCUGAUCUACAUCCCCGCCGUCGUCAUCUUCGUCCGUCGUUUCAGCAGGCUAAGCGGCGUUACGAGCUGGUCGGCUUCGAUUUCUCUCGCCGCCAUCCUCAUGCAACCGGGGAACAUCCUGAUCGAUCAUAUCCAUUUUCAGUACAAUACCGUUAUGCUUGGAUUUGUGGUGGCGAGCAUGUCGAGCAUGCUUGCUGGUCGAUACUUGUGGUCUGCGGUUUUCUUCGUUGCUGCUCUUGGGUUCAAGCAGAUGGCGCUGUACUACGCUUUCCCGGUGUUUGCAUUCCUUCUUGGGAGCUGCUUCUCUCCCAAGAUCAACGUGUUGCGGUUCAUCAGGAUUGCGCUAGUUACGGUUAUUGCUUUCGCUAUUCUGCUUUUGCCUUUCGUCCUCGGUGCCUACAAGGAGUGGAAGCAGGGCAUUCGGUCAAAGCCAGCACCACUACCAUUGUUCCACGGAUUGGCAGCUUAUCUUGACCCCAAGGCGUUUUACUACCCUAUCGUGGAGCAGCUCGUUCAGAUGGUCCACCGGGUCUUUCCCUUUGCCCGCGGUUUGUUUGAGGACAAGGUUGCCAACUUUUGGUGUGCUUUGAACGUGGUAGUCAAGAUCAAGCACCUUCCGGCCGAGUUGCUUCAGCGCAUGUCGUUGAUUGCGACCCUCGCUUCCAUCAUUCCACCCAACCUGAUCCUUCUGGUCCGGCCGAGAAAGGAUCUCCUCCCUCUGGCCUUCGCAACAACCGCUUGGGGUUUUUUCCUGUUCAGCUAUCAGGUUCACGAAAAGAGCGUCUUGCUUCCGUUGGCACCAAUGACACUAUUGCUGGCAGGAAGCCAGGGACUGAGCAAGGAAAUCAGGGCCUGGGUUGGUUUCGCCAACAUUCUGGGCUGCUGGACCAUGUUCCCUCUUUUGCAGAGGGUCGACUUGCGCGUGCCAUACGCUGUACUGACGCUGCUCUGGGCCUACCUUCUUGGAUUACCGCCAACUUCGCUCAGCGUCUACACUCUGGACGGUCAAGCAUCUUUCAAGAAGAUCGUCACGGCUUUGAUUCAUGGAGCCUUCUACCUGGCCAUGGCAAUGUGGCAUGUGCUCGAACUUAACUUACAGCCGCCUUCGGACAAGCCAGACUUGUGGGUUGUGGCUAACGUAGGUGUAGGAGCUGCUGGCUUCGCCCUGUGCUAUCUAUGGUGCUUUAGCAGACUGGUGUUGCAGAGUGACAUUUUGCCCCAGGCCUUGGCGGGCAAGAGGAGCAAGGCCAAAACAAACUAG